UGACUUUCUGACAUUCCAUUAGCUAUUGGAAGUAUUACGGACGAACACUUCUUUGUGGGACUCCACAUAGGCCAUGAAAGCCUCGUCGACCUCACAGUGAGACGCCAUGUAUUCGGCCGCUGGGGGAUGCCUCGGUCCCCUCCUGUCAGUAUGCUUCAGCUUGCUGUUCCUUUUGCUUUCGGUAGAUGCAUACGAAGCGAUUUCCGACGAAACUCUGCAAGGUAUUCCACGUCCGAAUGGUGACUUCGACAUUCAUUCUGGUGCAAUCCUCUACCCCAUUCUUCAGACUCGCGUUCCCGGAACUCCUGGCUCAACAGCUGUCCUCAACCACUUCGCAGACUUCUUUCGAACAGCCCUUCCCAACUGGAACAUCCAGUUUCAGAACUCUACUUCGAAGACACCCGUAUCUGAAAACAAGGAGGUUCCGUUUGUCAAUUUCAUUGCUUCUCGUGAUCCGCCAUGGACGACCCCGGGGGAUGUAGAAAGACUCACCUUCGUCGCCCACUAUGACAGCAAGUAUGAACCGGAGGGGUUUAUCGGAGCCAUCGAUAGCGCGGCACCAUGUGCGAUUAUUAUGCAUGCAAUGCGCAGUAUCGAUGCGGCCUUGACUAAAAAGUGGGAGGCUAUGCAGACGGAAGGCAACAUGGAUGCGUUACUGGAUGAGCAAAGCGGCAUCCAAGUGCUAUUCCUGGACGGCGAAGAGGCGUUUAAGCAUUGGACCGCUACUGAUUCGCUGUAUGGUGCACGCUCUCUGGCAGAGCAGUGGGAUCUGGAAGUAAAUCCUGCCUUGUCAACGUACAAGACACCCCUCUCGUCGAUAUCUCUAUUCGUUCUUCUAGAUCUGCUAGGGUCUAAAGAUCCUACAAUUCAAUCUUUCUUCCCGACAACACACUGGGCGUACCGGAAAAUUGCAGAACUUGAAAAGCGUUUCCGGGAUCUGAAGCAAUUCAAGUCUUCCUCGAAGAGCCCUUGGUUCAUUCACGGUUCAAGAGACGAGCACCAAUUGAAUGGGCUUCCUCUUAUCGAAGAUGACCACAUCCCUUUUUUAACUCGUGGUGUGGAAGUGCUACAUCUUAUUGACGUGGGUCCGUUUGGUUUUCCCGAUGUCUGGCAUACCUUGGAUGACGAUGCCGAGCAUCUGGACGUGGACACGGUGGAGGACUGGGGCGUUCUUAUAGCGGCUUUUGCUGCUGAAUGGAUGGAGCUAGAAGGAUAUGUGGACGUCUCAAACGAAAAUUCCGCCGCAAUGCGCACCAGAAAAUGGGACAAAACCGAACUGCUUUAGGUUCCAGUUUCUUGAAGCCAUAUUAACAUCCUGUCUCAUAUACUUUUAGCUAUCCUUAUAAAUUGGCCUGAAGUUUCCGCACUCGAAAAUGAUAGGGGUGGAAAAUUUAACGCCCUUAGAUCAAAUUACCCAACAUAUAGCCGCUCAUUACGACCAGGCCCCAGGCUGGUUGCAGUAUCGCUCGCAGGAUGGCGGGUCCAGGGCACACUCCGGUCAAUCCCCAGCUGAGUCCAAAGGCUGCCGCACCUGCUACAAAGCGCCAAUCGAUAUCUGCCACUGAAGCCGUGGGCAGUCUCCAGCUUUCUGCCAGUGUCGGUUUGGUUGGGGCCUUCCCAUCUCUUGAGACUUGACCUGGCUUUUCAAGCAAAUAGGCACUGAGCGAUGGGCCAAUUCCGAGGAGAAUUAUAAGAGUCAGAGAGGGGUCAAAACGGGAUGGGUCCGUCACGAAGGCGAAGAACCGUAAGACCUUCGCUGAAUCGGCCAUACCGGAGAUAAGAAGACCUAGUCCGAACUCAAGCCCUGCCAGGAAGGAAAAGACGACUUUUGAAUUCUUGGACCGGCUGAACAGUCGUGGAACAACGAAGAAAUUCAUGAGACAGGCUAGGGUGUUUGCUCCCAUCAUAAACGCAAGUUCUGCCGAUGAAGGGUAUAUGGGAGUGUAGCAGGGGAGGUCUCCGCAGGAUGGGAUAUUAGUCCCUCUAGCGAUGAAAUUGGUAGUGAUCAAUGCAGUCAUGAAGAAGAUAGCUGUUGCGAUCAUCGAGCGCGGUGACAGACGAGCAAGUCCACAGAGCAUGUGGCCUGAAGUACAUCCACGACCAUUCUAGCCCUCGUUCCUGGUCAGCUAUCGGAGUGCAUCGCAACUGGAGAAGUCCUAUUUACCUUUGUUCCCCAGCCCAUCAGGAAGCCAAGGGCCAGGGUCGAUGCUGCAGAUGCCCAGGAAUGCGGUGCAUGUGGAUAGAUCGGUAUCAAUGACCGUGCAAGCAGGUAGACUGGAGCGAUGCUGGAGGCUAACCCUACUAUGAUGGGGAGGUUGUCUUGGUUUGGCCUGAAUACGCUCUCUGAGAGGAGCGAGGAGAUUCCAAACACGGCACCAUUGUGAAAGAGGAGGCCGGAGGAACCUUGGAACAAGAGCAGGGCUCCUAGGGAGGUAUGGAUAGGAGUAAACAUGACUCUUAUAGAAGAUAGAUAGAAAGACGAGGUUUACUAUGAGGGAUCAAGAUCCUUAAAUGGUUGACUUCAACUAUCCACCCCCUACUCCUGACAGUGCCCAACGCUGUUAAUAACGAAAUCUCAAAUGUCCCCGAUGCGUCGGGCAU